GAUUUUCCUUGUCUUAUUUUCUACUCUUUGAUUUCUUGUUAGGUAACAGCUACGGGAAUACAGUUUGGUUCCGUAGGUUUGGAACGAAAUUAUUACGUACGCAAGGUAAACAAAGAAGAAUCUUUUGGCCUAUUUGAUGAUCAUAAAAGCAUAAAACAUUUAACAGUUUAACUGCCGACACCAAUUCACCCACAGACCACAACACUUCACCAAACCAGAAAAGAAGACACAGAUCCAAUCAACCCUUGAAAGUUGAAACCCAUCUCCUCUUCUCUUUAUAGCAACAUCUAAAGGUGAGGAAACCCAGACAACUCAAUAACACGGGUCAGUUUCGAUCUCUCCUUUCUCAACAUUGUUAUCCUCUACUUUUGAGGUGGUAACACUGGAAUUUCUGGAACAACGGUUCUUCAGGCGGUCCGGGUUGGGCUGAGCCCUUGUUAUUUUUCGUUGAGAUUUGUUAGUUCUGAGGUUUAAAGCACUACUUUGGUAUUAGCUUUUCAAAAAAACACUUGAGAAAAUAAAAUAUUGGCGAAGGCAUUAUGUGGUGUAGAGUUUAGCAUUUAAAUGGCUGGGAAACAAUGCGGUGAAGGCAAUGGUCGGUAGCAGUUUAGUAACUGAAAGAGUUGAGGACAGUGGAAGUGUCGAUUUAUUAACGCGUGAAGAUAAGAGUGUAAGAAUUAGCCGGGAACCUUCCUUCUCGGGCUGGUUUGAUGAGGAUGGAAUCCCACUUCCAGCUCGAUUGAGAAAUGAUGAAGUAAAUGAAGAAGACUUUGUUUUCAGGUUGCAUUUGGUUCAGCCACAGGGAUCAGAGAAUGGAGUUUUAGACAGAGAGGGCUCUAAUAAUUGUCGGCACAGGAUGGAGCACGGUGGAGAUACUGAUGGUGCUUCCACCAAUGGUUUGAGAAAGCAAAAUGAGAGUUAUGUGCCUUUGGACAUUGAAAAUAGCCAUGAUAUAGAUAAGACAUAUACAAGUAGCACCAGCAGUUAUAAUCGAGUUGAUUACAAUAGUCCAUUUAGGAGAAAUGAGGAGAACCCUAUUUCAGUUUCUGAUGUGCUGAAGACGUUGGUUCUUAUACUGGUCUGGUACACGUUUAGUACAUUCUUGACACUGUAUAAUAAAACUUUAUUAGGGGAUGACAUGGGAAAAUUCCCUGCCCCACUAUUGAUGAAUACUAUCCACUUUGCCAUGCAAGCUGUGUUGUCAAUGGGCAUUACAUGGUUUUGGUCUGACAGAUUUCAUUCCUCUGUUAUGUCAUGGAAGGAUUAUUUUGUGAGAGUUGUACCAACGGCUCUCAGCACUGCAUUGGAUGUAAAUCUAAGCAAUGCAUCCCUGGUUUUCAUCUCCGUCACUUUUGCCACUAUGUGUAAAUCAGCGGCCCCAAUAUUUCUCCUUCUUUUUGCCUUUGCAUUCAGAUUGGAGUCUCCAAGUGUUAAGCUUCUUGGCAUUAUCUUGGUCAUUUCAGUUGGGAUACUGUUAACAGUUGCAAAGGAGACAGAGUUUGAGUUCUGGGGUUUCCUAUUUGUUAUGCUUGCUGCUGUCAUGUCUGGGUUCCGCUGGACAAUGACACAAAUUCUUCUCCAGAAAGAAGCCUAUGGUCUUAAAAAUCCACUUGUUUUGAUGAGCUACGUGACCCCCAUUAUGGCAAUUGCAACUGCUCUAUUUUCUCUUAUGUUGGACCCAUGGCAUGAGUUCAGGACGAGUACUUAUUUUAACAGCUCAUGGAAUAUAUUGAGAAGUUGUUUGCUGAUGUUGUUUGGUGGAACACUUGCUUUCUUCAUGGUAUUAACAGAAUAUAUUCUUGUGUCAGUUACUAGUGCAGUAACAGUAACGAUUGCCGGGGUUGUGAAGGAAGCUGUAACUAUAUUGGUGGCUGUAUUUUAUUUCCAUGAUGAGUUCACAUGGAUGAAAGGGGUUGGCCUUUUAACGAUAAUGGUUGGUGUCAGUUUGUUUAACUGGUACAAGUACCAGAAGUUACACAAUGGCGAGACAACUGCUGGGUCACCAACAGAUGGUACAGCUUCAAAGUAUGUUAUUCUUGACGAAAUGGACGAGGAAGAAGAGGAUCCUGAAAGCUCAACUAUGCAUUUGAACUAAUAAACUCGGAUGGUAUGAACUUGCCCUUGCUUGCUUCUGUAAAUGUCGACGUUGUCUAAUGGGCCAUGUAUCGUUGGCUCGAUUUUGUAAAAGACAUGGGAUAUUGAGUGCCGGAGUUUGUAACUACUUCACAGAUUUUGGUGAAAGAUUUAUAAGCAUUUGGUCCCAAAUGGUUUCUUGUAUCAACAUUGUUCACAAGGUGGUGUAGAUUUAAAGAAUUUGUUGACAUCAAUUUAAAAUAGGAGACCCCAACUGCUUUUGGGAGUUAUAAGUCAAAAUUUUUCCUUCACGUUCAGUUGAGUGUAUAUUCAGAUUCUGGAGAAUAUUCAACUUCCUUGUAUUCAUAA